AUGGCUCUCCUUCUCGCUGGGAUUUCCCUGCUAGCUGCUGUUCAGGCAUGCACCGUGACCCCAGUCGAAGUCCCUGGGGGAUGCACCAGUCUCCCGUCAUACGAUUCUUCGUCCGGCAUCGCAGGACCUUGGAUCGUCGAGAUGAACCAGUGCGUGAACACAACAGCACCGGACAAGGCCUGCAGCAUUGAAGGAUUCGGCAGCGAGGCCGUAUACCUUCUCCAGCAAGGGGACACCAGUGUGCAGCGCGGAUAUAUCGCAAUUGUCUCUGAAAAUGAUCUCGCCAAGAGUCCUCUCCGCUGCAACGACGCAACUGACUCGUUCGAGUCGUACGUCCCAUCGGGCGUGAGUGGUUAUGAGUGGAAAUCUGUCAAUAUCACCGAUAUGCCCUAUUCUGCGCAGCUCAUGUGGGGUUUGGGACAGUAUAGUUUGCCCAUUCAGGCGUAUUACCACUACCUUGAUGGUGUCAAGCAGGAUGGUAUCUUUCUCGGCGCUCACAAUGUGACUAGCUGGGCUGUCCAGCUCCAGGAUGGCUCUGCGGGUAGUGGUGGCAAACCGUACUGGCUGGUUAGGUUGCUUGGCCCCGGUAGUGCGGACCCGGUGACUGGUGCCGAGUUGGAGCAUGGGGAAUAUAAGACUUUUAUUCGGAUUUAUGGAAGUUGA